AUGGAUAUUUUCCGAAACAAAGACUCGGUUCUAUACUCCAGUCUUGGAGAAGGCGAGUCCGAAAAGGACGACGAAUCCAGCUCCAGCCUGUUGAACUCGGAAACAUCUUCACAACAACCUCCGAGGAGGAAUCAACGGGUGUGGCCGUUCGUUCUACCAUGGAUUGUUUCGACGUUUGCCUUGGCCUGGGUUUCCGCUUAUCUGUAUCUCAACUCACUUCCUCCGGCGCAGUUGCAGGAGCAUAGCUAUUCGACUGGAUGGAAGACUGAUUUUGCCCCGGCACGAUCCGCGAUUUCCUUAGAGGAAGUGACUUUUACCGGCGGUCCGAUGUAUUCUGAGAAUGGCACCUACUACGUCCCUCACCCAGCGGCAAUCAACUAUACGGCCGAUCCAAGCCCAGAACUGGAUAGAGCUUGGGAGGAAUUGACUUGGGGCCGCUACGUGGUUCUGAACGAGCAAGAGGCAAAGGAUGCCUUUGAGGAGAAGUUUGGAGAUGUUCAGCAGUUCUGGAGUCCGUCGCGCGGCGGAUACAUUAGCGGAUUCGACAUGUUCCACACCCUACACUGUCUAGAUCGGAUCCGCCAGCGGUUCUAUCCCGAGUACUAUGUCCAAGAAGACCUCUACACGCAUCGCGUGCAUCAUCUCCACUGCCUCGAGCAAGUCCGCCAGUACAUCAUGUGCUCAGGCGAUAUGACUCCGGUUCCUACGAGGUACAACGCUGCCCGGAAGCAUAGCUAUGUUGAUUCAGACGUCACGCAUACAUGCAGGAACUUUGGGCAGUUGCGAAACUGGCUGAGCGAAAGGUUUAAUGGCAGUCUCGCCGUGCAGCCGAUUUGUCCAGGGGCGACGAAGCCGGAGAUGGGGUCGACAAGCUGUGUGUUGGAUGAUGAUGAUGAUGACAACAACAGCAUGGAAAUGGGCCAUUAA